UGGUCUUGGCGUUCUUAGACGAAACCAGAGAAACGCUUACUUUGGAAGGAAACGUUUCCGAUAUGGAUUUUCCAUACUACGGAUACAUAAAAUUCACCUUAAUUUACAGAAUUUCUAGCAGUAAGGAUAGGUUAUAGUACGUGGGGAUAUCGAUAUUUCUCUUCUUGAAACAGUGUGUAUAAAGCUAAAAUGCUGAGUUAUUAAAAGUAUUUGAAAGUAUGAAUGAAUGAACGUUGGAUGUAACAAAAUGAUAUUGGAAAAUCCGGGUAUUUGUGCGGAGUAAAUAUCAGCUGGCUGUAAUGAAGAGAUGUGAUACUGAGAACAUGUCCCCGAGCCCUCUUGGACAUAAUGGUAACGUUCGGGGUUAAUUGUUUGCUAAAUUAGUUCGCUAUCGGCCAGGGGAAUUAAAAUAUCGGAUAAUUUACCAUGUCGACCAUUAGAAAGGCCUAUAUGGAAAUAUCAAAUGGCAUUCGUGGAUUGAGAUUGCAUAGAGAACAACCACAGCCAGCGCAGACGGCAACUUCAAAGGAAAUUGUGAGUAAGCAGACGACAAACGGGUCCACUGUGUCAUCGGCUCAAGGUCACAGAAUGGUGCGGUCACCGAAACCUCUGAUCGCUAGGAAAAUUCGAAGUUUGUUUGGUCGAACUCAACCAACUUCAGUGAGGGAUUUAUUCUUGGAUGAAAGGUUUCUGGCUAAGUUUUUCAUGUUUUUCUCAGCAGAAGAAAGAGGGAAAUUAUCUCAAGUGUGUAAAGCGUGGAAAAAUAUUCUUUAUCAGCCAAAAUUCUGGAUAAAUGUGAUUCCUAUUAUUGCAUGCAGGGAUUUAAGUAAAAGAGAUGAAACGCGGCGUGCUUUCUAUGAAAGCUUGCAACAACGCAGUUUCGAUGCCGUCUGCCUUUUUGGCGCCACAGACGAGGAUAUUGCAGAUUUCGUAAAUCACUUCUCAAACUGUAAAAAGCAGAUUCGUUCUAUAAGUCUCAGGUGUUCAAAUGUGACCGAUUCAGGGUUAGAAAUUCUGUUCAAAAGGCUUUCUGGAAUUUAUCGUCUAGAAAUUUCAGGAUGCAACGAAUUGACAGAAACUGGCCUUUGGUCAUGUUUGAAUCCAAAAAUAGUAUCUCUAAGUGUCAGUGAUUGUAUAAAUGUAGCAGACGACACCGUUGGCGCCGUUUCCCAACUAUUACCAUCAUUGUACGAGUUCAAUCUCCAAGCCUAUCACGUGACAGAUGCAGCCCUAGCGUUCUUUAGUGCUAAACAAAGCUACACGUUGUGUAUUUUACGUUUACAAUCUUGUUGGGAAAUUACUAAUCACGGUGUUGUGAAUAUUGUACAUUCCUUGCCAAAUUUGACUAUAUUAAGUUUGUCAGGAUGUAGCAAGAUAACCGAUGAUGGAGUUGAACUUAUCGCGGAAAAUCUUCGGAAACUACGUGUCCUUGACCUCUCGUGGUGUCCACGUGUUACGGACGCUGCGUUGGAAUACAUUGCUUGUGAUCUGAACCAAUUAGAGGAACUAAUUCUUGACAGGUGCUCACACGUGACCGAUAUCGGGGUUGGCUAUUUGUCUACGAUGACGUCACUAUUAAAAUUGUUUCUACGAUGGUGUACUCAGAUACGAGAUUUUGGUCUCCAGCACAUGUACUCAAUGCGUAGUUUACGGGUUCUUUCGUUAGCUGGUUGUUCGCUCAUCUCUGGCCAGGGACUUUGCGGUCUUACACAGCUGAGGUGCCUAGAAGAGUUAGAACUCACCAACUGCCCUAGUGCCACAAAAGAAGUUUGUUUGUACUUGAAAGAAAAUAUGCCACGUUGCAUGAUUUUGGAAUGAUAGGCACGGAUCCCAUAGUGUCUGUAAAGUAAAUUGGAUAAAAAUGAAAUGAAAGCGUAUGCAGUUUAUGUUUUGUGUUGCCUGAGUGAACUCUUAGAACAAUUAGAACAGACAUACAUAAUUCACACUGGAAUUUUAAGAUGGAUUUACACAAAACUAGUUGAUGUGAUAGUUUUGAUAGCAGAUAUCGAAGAAAUGUUGACAUGUUCAUAAGUGAUGACGUACACAUUCCUGAAAAUGUAUUAGGAUUUUAUCGCAAAUGAAUGUCGUAAUUCUGAGAAGAGCCAGUAAACCAUAGCAUGGCGCAAAGUAAUUCAGCUAAAUGAAGAAAAUUGUCCUAAACGUGUUCAACUCAUGUGUUUAUAUGUCAUGUUUAUUCUUAAAAUAUCAUAAUCUUUGACAGUAACUUGGACCAAAAGGAAAAAGCAAGGACGUAAUAUCAAAACCUUUAAUUUGUACAAUGAAGAAGGGAAUCUUUUGUAAUAAAUUAAGUUGUGAACUGAUUUGUCACUGAACUGUUGAUAGAAAAGUACGCAUUUUAAUAUUUUCAAUAAUUUAUGAUAAUAGAUCUGCUUUUGUAAAACGUAAAUGGAAAUCAAAAUAACAAUCUUAGAUGCACAGUCUAAUACUUCACGGGAACAGAAAUUGAUAAUUGACUCUUUAAACGUAGACCGACAUAAAUAGUGUAGUCAAACGACGAACAUAUGAUAUUAAACCUUAACAACAAUAAUUUCUAGGGAAUGUCUGAUUAGUUUUACUUGUAAGGAAUAAUUAUUUCCGGAGAAAGCCCUUCGCUUCAUUUCUACACAUAGUUGAGGGUUGUCAGUAUAUAACUUCACUGCAAUAACCAUGUUUCACGAACUGUCAAGAUCGAAUCGUUCAAAGUCUUAGUUUUGCCUUUCUUUAGUACUUCCAGGAAAAUCUUACGCAUAUAAGUUCAGCUUGUCGUUGUUUUCUGUCUAAUCUAAGCCAAGCGUUUAGUGUUGUAUUAUAAGUCUGUCCUCGUUUUUUUAUUCAGGCGUUCUGGACUAUAUAAAGAAGAUUUUGAAAUUCAUCCUCGGUACUCUAUAAUGCAUUUUGCUCUCAUUAAACCCAUUACAGUUUAUUUACAACAGAUCUAAUGUGUUAAGGAAUACCGGUCAUAUUGAUAAAUUCCAUGUUAGCAAUACUUCGACGUGCCUGAAGUCCUUUCAUCUAUCUGCCAUUAACGAUUGAGCAUAUUAGUCCACUACGCACUUGAAAUACAACUCCAGACAUCCUGGACAAAUGAAAACAUGACACACAUAAAACAAAAACACGCUCCUCGCAGAAAUAUAGUCUACUUCACCUCACUAUAACAUCCAGUAGCCAGACAUAUCAGCCCGUAAAGCGAAAAAGACAUAACUUGCAUAAAGGGAUAAUGAAUGUAGCCUAUAUUUCAAAGAUGUUUUGUUUUUAGUAGUCUCUUGUCAUUAAUUAAAGGUGAGAACAUCAACAUGUGGAGAAACAUUAUCAACUUGCUAAACAUUUGAGAACUUCAGCAUUCCUGUUUCAUGAUCUCAUGUUUGUUUUUGAUCCUCAUUAUUAGCUCACCUGUCACAAAGUGACAAGGUGAGCUUUUGUGAUCGCGCGGCGUCCGUCGUCCGGCGUCCGUGCGUGCGUCCGUGCGUCCGUAAACCUUUGCUUGUGACCACUCUAGAGGUCACAUUUAUUGUGGGAUCUUUAUGAAUGUUGGUCAGAAUGUUCAUCUUGAUGAUAUCUAGGUCAAGUUUGAAACUGGGUCACGUGCCUUCAAAAACUAGGUCAGUAUAUCUAAAAAUAGAAAAAAAAUUGUGACCUCUCUAGAGGCCAUAUAUUUCACAAGAUCUUCAUGAAAAUUGGUCAGAAUGUUCACCUUGAUGAUAUCUAGGUCAAGUUCGAAACUGGGUUACGUGCCUCAAAAACUAGGUCUGUAGGUCUAAAAAUAGAAAAACCUUGUGACCUCUCUAGAGGCCAUAUAUUUCACAAGAUGUUCAUGAAAAUUGGUCAGAAUGUUCACCUUAAUAAUAUCUAGGUCAAGUUCGAAACUGGGUCACGUGCCUUCAAAAACUAGGUCAGUAGGUUAAAUAAUAGAAAAACCUUGUGACCUCUCUAAAGGCCAUAUUUUUCAUGGGAUCUAUAUGAAAGUUGGUCUGAAUGUUCAUCUUGAUGAUAUCUAGUUCAAGUUCAAAACCAGGUCAACUGUGGUCAAAAACUAGGUCAGUAGGUCUAAAAUUAGAACAAUCUUUUGACCUCCCUAGAGGCCAUAUUUUUCAAUGGAUCUUCAUGAAAAUUGAUCUGAAUGUUUAUCUUGAUGAUAUCUAGGUCAGUUUUGAAACUGGGUCACGUGCGGUCAAAAACUAGGCCAGUAGCUAUAAAAAAUACCUUUUGAGUAUUAGUGAGAAUGUUCACCUUGAUGAUAUCUAGGUAAAAUUCAAAACAGGGUCACGUACCUUCGAAAACUAGGUCAAUAGGUCAAAUAAUAGAAAAACCUUGUGAUCUCUUUAGAGACCAUAUUUUUCAAUGGAUCUUCAUGAAAAUUGGUCAGAAUUUUUAUCUUGGUAAUAUCUAGGUCAAGUUCAAAACUGGGUCACAUGAGCUCAAAAACUAGGUCACUGUGUCAAAUAAUAUAAAAAACGACGUCAUACUCAAAACUGGGUCAUGUGGGAAGAGGUGAGCGAUUCAGGACCAUCAUGGUCCUCUUGUUUUUUUUUAAUUAUUAUGUAAUAUAGUUAUGGGAAAACGUUUUAUCAGUUGUGAUAACUGUUUCACCAGUUUUAAAAUAUUGAAUUCUACAUCUAUCAUACUGUUUGAAGUGUGGUUUACAGGUUAAAGGUUAAAUUAACGCAGCCGGGACAAAUAUUACCUAGAUGUAGGAAAAUCUUUUGAUAUAUAUAUAUUUUCACAAAAAAAAAGAAACGUUUACUUGACAUAUUAUCACAAAAAAUUGUAUUUCAUGUUUUAGUGCUUUCAUUAAAAUUAAAGGUAAUAGUCCUGAAAAACAAAGUUUUGCGACAUAAUUAGCGUAUACACUGUCCUAUGUUUUCCAGACUUUUAACGGGACAUCUUUUGUUAGGUCACGAAACGGACAUUAUUAUGAACACAAUAUUUGAAAAACAUCUCUUUGCAUUUGAGAGAUACGAUACACAGAGAAAGUGUUUUAUAUAAAUAGUAUAUCUCCAUUGCAGAAAACAAAAUAAAUACAAUCAGAAAUAAGUUUAUGUUUCUAUUACUUUUCUGCCUUUUUUCCUUAGAAUUUAAACGGUCAAGCAUUAUGAAUUUUUGAAAACAGAAUAAACUGUUAUAUGCAUAGCAUAUAUUGGGGUCAAAUGUAAAUUUAUUAGGUCUUUAUUGACAUUUUCUAAAUUUUAUGUCUAUAAAUUUUUAAUGUUUUGUAUUCACAUUUAGUUGAUGGUUUAGAUGUUGUUUGUAUAGUUUCUACAGUUUUAUUACACCAACUUGAGCCUGGCGUAUGACACAGAGCCCGUUGGAGACACAGUAUUUGCUGCAUGACUUUAUUUAGUCUAGUUUGUCUAUCACAUUCCAAAUGAAGACAAGUUUUUUAACAUUUAUCAUGCUGGACACGAUUGAGUCUGCCUUUGCGACCAGUUUGAAUCAUGAUCAGCUUGCACAUCCGUGUAUUGUCUAAUCAUGGUCUGCAAUGUUCGUCAUUCAGUCAGUAUCUUUUUGAUAAGCACCCCUUUUAACAGUUAAUGGUACUGUUCAAAUUGAAAGAUGGAUAAGUUCAUUAUAGAAAUUUAGCAAGGUAGGGGAUAAUGUAAAGUUUGCAAUGUGAUUGCACUUGUUAUUACAGGUAUUAUCUGAAAUGACGACGAUGUUACUCUUUUAAUGGUGAUAUUUGGAACCAACUAUUCCUGUAGGGAGCCACAUAGCGUUUGUUUUUAUGAUGUUCAUUUAACGUGGUAUUUUCAAAUACCUGAAAACACGAUAUUCUGUAAUGUGAAAGCCAAAUACUUUCUAUAUAGUAUGAUGAAAUCCAGUACAAAUAGCUUCAAUCAAACUGCUAAGUCAUCUAAGAUAUUUACUGUUCCUAGUUUAAUUCCAUUUUCAGGAUCAUAAAUUUAUCCGUAUGAAAGCAUUUCAAUAAUUAAUUUAGCUCAUGCCCGUUUAAAUUUAAUGCGACUUGGCCCUGAAAGAAGUCUAUAUUUUGCAGAUAUCUCAGCAAAAUGACAUACAUAAAUUAUCAUUUAUUGAAACCGCUAAUUAUUAUUUAUAUAAUAUAGCUUCAUUCAAGUGUAACUAAAAAUACAUUUAGUUCAGUGGUGCUGGAAAACGGCAUAAAAUUAAUAUUAAAUAAUCAAACAACAAUUAAGACAUAGCUUUUGUCACAAUGUUCCAUUUACCAUUUGUUUUGUUACAUGUAUCUUGCCAAACUGUCGUUGCUUACGAAUUAGUGCUUUAAGUCAUGCAAAUCAGAUAACAAAAUUUGAAAUAAACAAAUUUUAUUGUGUUACAGUAUUAUGACAUCUGACUUAUGAAAUAUAACAUAAUAUCAAAAUAUUAUUUUUCAUUCACGGAUAAUUCAAAUUAAUUCUCAUUAGUGUUCAAUAGUAUCCAUGUUUUGCUACCUUGUCCUGCACUUAUCAUUGGUGAAAAAAUGGCACUUUCAGAACUGCCGGGUGUACAUUUUUAUUUCAAUAUGGUAGUCAAACUGAUGUACAGUUAUGAGGCAUGUACAGAGGUACACGCUGUCAGAAACCAUUCCUAUAUUUAUGUUUAUUUAAUGUAUAUGUUAUUUUAAAAAUGAGAAUAUUUAGUAUUGUAGUACCGACUGAACACUUUUCAGUAAUAUUAGUAAUGAAAGAAAUAACUGUAUAUAUAGUGAACAAUGUGUUUGAGAUAUUGUUGUUUUUGUUACAUAUGAAUAAACAGAGUACAAUUUUUUA